UCUUACCUCUCGCUCUCAGUUCGGCAGAGAAGAGAACUCGAACGCAGCUUGGAGGAAGCACCCAAGCAACCCUCCAUCUCGUCACUGUUCUUCAACGUCCAGCCACCGCCGCCGUCCUCAUUGCUACAGCUUUUGCACAAUGUCGCCCUUGUUCGCCGCGCGGCCGCCUGCUUUUUGUUCAAUCUUCUGCCUCUGUUUUUUGGCCAACCCUUGCUCUGCCCUUGCUCGAGCUGCUUAGCCCUCUGUUCAGCCCUCUACACCGCGUGUUCGAGCUUCUGUUCCGCCGACUUUCAGCCACCGUUCCGCCAUUGUUCAGCCUCCGUUCAGCCAUUUUCGUCGCAUUUUAAAGCUCCUCCCUCUCCCUGUACUGUUUGAAUUUCAGAACUGCUUCAUUCUAGGAAUCAGAAGACGAAGGUGGAAGAAGGAAGCAAAAGAAGCAGUGAUUGAAUGAAUGAAUCAGUGAAACUGAAACUGAAAUGGAGAACAACAACAACAACAAUAACAACGCUAUGAUUCGUGAAUGGUUCGACAGAGUUGACUCUCACAAAACUGGAACCAUAACUGCUCCCCAACUCAAGAGUGCUUUAGCGGUUGGAAACCUGGAAUUUCCACUCUCAGUUGUUGAGCAGAUGAUCAAGAUGUAUGAUUUUGAUAGGAAUGGUACUAUGAGCUUUGAAGAAUUUGUUGCACUCAACAAGUUCCUUAUUAAGGUUCAACAUGCAUUUUCUGAUCUUGAGAGGGGUCGUGGCUUUCUUGUCCUUGAUGACGUUUUUGAGGCAUUGGUAAAGAUUGGCUUCACGCUGGAUUCUCCUGCAUUUUACUCUGCCUGUGCGAGCUUUGAUCAAAGUAAAAGUGGGAAGUUUAGACUGGAUGUCUUCAUAUCACUUUGUAUAUUCUUACAAUCAGCAAGGAAUCUGUUUAAUUCAUUUGAUACUGCAAAACAAGGAAGAAUUACUCUUGAUCUGAACCAGUUUGUAUAUUGUACUUCCAAUUGUAGAAUAUGAUUCAACUCAGAGAGGACGUAUUCUGAAGAUGAUUCAUGUAUGCUGCACUUUGUAAAAUUUCUCAAAUGCAUUUCUAUAGCCAAGUUAACUUUGUCCUGCAUAUGCUGAGAUAAUCAUUUUUGAGGUUUAGAUAUUUCUCCCAUUUACAUGGAAAUUGCUGUAAAAUUUUUAAUUUUCUUUCUAAUGUUAUAAUCUUAGUUUUACAUGAUGUCUUGUGAGAUGGUCCGGAGGUUGAUGACGUAUAAUGUACUAUACCAAAUGCAUUUUCAAUCA